AUGGCCUCAGAUCAAGGGCAAUGCCAGGCUCUACAGCUCUCCGAUGACCAGAGAUGCCAGAAGGAGGCAACUCACGCCAAUGGUCUUUUCUGUGGAUUCCAUUCUAAGCAAGUCUUUGCCCUAUACAAGGGUUACAAACGACGCAAUGCCCUCCUGGAUACUUUGGACAACGAGGCCCCUGAAUACCUCAAGAAUGCUCGGGAACCCCUUGCCAACGACAACUUUGAGGCGAUUGACGAUGAAAAGACUCUCCGAGAAGUCCACUCUCAUCUCUUCGACAAAUAUGUCUUGCUCGGCAACGUAAUUGAUGCACGCAAGCUUCACCACAAGCAUUUCUACUCUCUCAACGUCGACUAUGGUCACCAGGCAUACAUUGACAAGCUCAUCAGCCAACGUCACAUUGUUCUCAAGGCCAUGCAAAGAGUCGAGAAGCGAACCACUCAAGUUUUGUACCAGAAAGAAAAAUGGUUCGCUUGGGUUCGCGAGGUUCAGGAAGAGGAGGAAGCCAAUGAUGAGAAGGAGCAGAAGAAGGUCAAGCAGGAAGCUGCACUGUUCAAACGUCAUGUCAAGAAGUUGGAGGGUAGACUCGCCAAGGUGCGACAGAAGGAGGAGCAGAAGCGUCAAGAUGCGUACCUCGACGAUGCAUACAGGGAACGCAUGGCCAUGGCGGCUGAGGAAGAUGACGAAGCCUGGGAUCCUAUCGAAGACAUGCAUCACCUCAAGCGGAGCCGUUAUAUCGAUUUGAUCAAGCAUUUCCUCUGGCUGAACACGGUGGAAGAGGGGGAGGAGGAGCUUCCUCCGCUGGAAGAGAUUCCUCCUCUCGAGCCCUCACCCCCCCCUGAACCUGAGACGCCCUCCAAGAAGACGAAGAAAAAGGCAAAAGCCAAGGCCGCCAAAGCUGGCCGCAGCUCUGUGCAGCCAUCCGGCGAGACCCACACAGGCCAAGGAAGGCUCAUCGCAGCAUUGCGAGAGGGCAACUAUCCUAUCCCCGGCGCUGAGCUACCAGAGCCCGACAGGAACAACAUCGAGACUGAAGAGGAGAUGCGAAACCGGCUGAGCCAUGGAGUCAAGAAGAACUAUGACAAUGUCUGGGGCUUCCAGAUCGUCGGGACACUGGAGAACCCUUACGAGACCCACGAGAAAACGGCACCAAUGACCAACGACGAGAUUGAGUCAACCGUCAGCGACAUCAGACAGAUUAAGCACCUGCUGUUUUGUCGUCUGCUGCUUGGACAGGCCUCUAUUUUGCCUGCUGCCCUUCGUGCCAACAGCGUUGAGGAGUUUCUCAAUGACCCUCAGGUAGCUGAAUCGGAUCUGCGAGAUCUCUGCCUCAAGGUCGAGGAACCUACUCUGCAGGACAUUCGAGAUGCGUGUGCAGAUUUUGCUCGCGGCGAUGAAGCAGAAGAGAGAGAAGAUGUCGAUGAGGCUGAAGAAGAAGACGAGGACGAUGAAACCUUUGAAGAGCUGCUCAACGGCGAUACCCGUUACAAGGAUCUCCAUACCGAGGACUGGCUCUUCGAAAAGUUUCUUGGCCAGCUGGAAAAGAAGAAGCCAUCCAAGAAGAAGAAGAAGAAGAAGCAAAAGUCCAAGAAAAAGACAAAGGUCACCGUCUGUGGCAAGAGCAUCUGGAACCACGCCAGCGAGAAGGCCAUGUCUCGAGACGGCUGGCUUCAGUUCUCGGUCAUGGCCAAGGACUGCGAUCUGAAGCACGCCAUCCAGCUCUGUCGAAACUGGAACGAGUUCUCUGAUCUUAACCUGCUUACCUUGUGGCAGUACUUCCCGGCUUCGAACUGGGUCUCCUGGGGUAAUAACCGGCUUAUCCAACAGCUUCAAGAGCUGGGCUUCUUUCCUUACUUUGUCGAUCUUGAGGCCCAGCAGCACAGCCGGUACAACCAGGUUGGUGGUCGAAGCUCAAACCGACGCCAACACGACAUUGUUGAGACGCGAAACAUCAUCGUCGGGCACAUGAAGCGCAACGACCCCAUCACCCGCCGUUUCCUGCAGUACCUGUUGAUGCGGACGGGAGAGCUGCUCAUCAUGGUGCGAGAUGGAAAGACAGGGCGUGUUAUCACCGCGCCUCCUGAAGAACAGCUCUGGACGUAUCGUAUGAAGCAGGGUCUUGGAAGGGCCUCCAAGAACGAGUGGCGCAACGUUUUGGAGGUGGGACCUUUGUACUUUGACAUGACUGAUAUGCUGCGAGAAUGGCGGUUCGGGUUCGAUGACUACUACGACGUCUUUAUCUGGGACUUUGUUCCUUGCCAGCCAUCCCUGGACAUGUACAAUGUUGUCAUCACGGAGCUGCGAAAUGCAUGGCGCAUCAAACAUCCCCGCGAUGUGUAUCAGCACAUGAAGCCGCUCUUGACCACCAUGACAAGAGAAAAGGACACAAUGCGCACUCGUCUGAUCAAGCCUGACGAGAAGGUAGAAAGCCUUUGGGACACCAUCAUGGACGAGAGGAGCGAAUUCAGGCUCUACGACAUCCAGGGACACAGCGUCAAGUGCCGCACCGGUGCCGAGCUGGACCGUUCGCCCUACAUGUUCUACAACGACGCCAACGUCCUGGAGGAUGAGAUCCUGUUUCCAGAUGAGCUGGUCUCGAACAAGAAGAACGUGCCUUUCCGGGAGAUCAGGAACGGUGUUAGUCGCAUCGAAGAUGGUGUUCUGCCCAGCACUGUCCGUCACCUCGAAAAGGGCAUGGAGGCGUUGGCAAAGGGCAAAGAUCCCAUGAAGGCUCUUGAAGAUGUCAAGGAUCGUGACGAUAACAGUAUCUGGUCCAUACCCAAAGUUUGGGAGACUGGCCUUAAACAAGCUCGCAAGGAAACGCUCUCGGAUGCACGACGCAGCCUGCUCAAGCGUACCGGCCUGUCUACCACUCAGAAGAGCAUGUCCAUUGACCAGCGACUGAACAUGUCGGAUCCCAUGGAGACGAUGGAACGCGAUAGAUCUUUCGGUUUCAAGGAUUCAUUCCACGCUGGAGACCUUGAACCGGGAAGCAACGAGAACUGGGAUCAGGUUCAGGAGAGGAUCAACGCCAUGCUCGCCACACCUCAUGCCGGUCCAACUGACUGGGUCUGGUUCCUCGCAGAGAUCCUUGACUGGCUCGAUCUACGAGCAGACUACAAAGACUACACCCACGACCCCUCUUUCCCCUGGCCACACGGCUUCAUCACCCAAGAUCUAGUCAAAGCCUUUGCAUCAGUGGCCAUGUUCUUCCCAGAAGCGGAGGCUGCCACGCUCGUCGCCCAGUUCAUCAAGUCCAAGCAGUGCGACAACUUUAGAAACACUCUUCUGUUUAACCCCAAGGAACGAAGCAAGACGUUGCCUGAUCGCAGAUCUCGGACGAGUUACAAGUUCCGAGAUCCCGCUUUCUGGACAGAGUGGAACGAGUUCCUCAAGACCAAGUCUUUCUACGCUGAUGUGUAUCCCUUCGACUGGAGUCUUGCAAUUCGCCCUAUUGUUGCUCGCUUGUAUGUUGCAGGAGUCAUUGCACCUGCAUACCUGCAAAACGACUCACAAGUUGUCUUGGGCAUGGCUACAGCUAAAACGGAGCCUCACCGUCCUGACAAGUUGGAUUUAUUCAUCAACUACGAAGACCGCUAUGGUAACUUCCCCAUGGUUUUCCCUCCCUCUUUCGUGCACCCGUCCAAGUGGCCACAUGUUUUGCCCACAGCAGAGAGCUUCGCCGAGAAGAACAAAGGCGCCCGGUUUGCGCUCAUCCGUCUCUGGUCGGCCCCGCACUUUUACCCUCUGAUGGUCGGCUUGGGGAACCGACAGAACACCAGCUUCCUCGACAGCAUGGGUCGAUCAUGGGAGUGGAAGUUUGUGCCCAAGGACAUGGUUGGCAGCGAGUACAGCGCGCACCACACAACGGAGAGAAGGUUGCAGUUGCUCCAGAAGCAGUUUAAGGGCCAUGUGAUGAACCGUGCCGACUUGAUCCUUGUCAUGGGCAAGGAUGCUGAUGAACUGCUCAAGUUCUGCACGGCUGUCACGUUUGCCAUCCAGACUAAGCCGUGGCUGAGGGAGAUUGACCUUUGGAAGAGCUUCAUCAAUGUCGAUCUGGAGUUUCUGCAGGGGCUGGACCCGUAUUGGUUGGACUGA